GGGGAAAGAAAAGAAAGGAAAAACCCCCCAAAACCCCGACCAGCUUGCCCCAAAACCUCCAUCAUCGAUCACUGGUCAUCAGAGCUUCUAGCAAUCUCUCUCUUUCAAUCUCUCAGCUGUAUCAUUGUUUGAUUCUUGAGUGGUCUCUGUGAGUGUUUCUGUUUGGGGGAGAAGACUGAAGAGAAAGAGGGAGGAAUGCAGCAGCAUCUGAUGCAGAUGCAGCCCAUGAUGGGAGGAUAUGCAUCUCCCAACCCAGUCACUACUGAGCUCAUUCAGCAGUAUUUGGACGAGAACAAGCAAUUGAUUCUGGCCAUUCUUGAUAGCCAGAGUGCGGGGAAAGCAGAAGAAUGCGCUGAAAAUCAAGCUAAGCUUCAGCGGAAUCUCAUGUACCUUGCGGCUAUUGCAGAUAGUCAGCCACAACUGCCUACCAUUGCGCAGUUUCCGCCCAAUGCCGUAAUUCAACCUGGGACUCGAUACAUGCAACAUCAGCAAGCUCAACCACUGACUCCACAGUCUUUGAUAGCCGCGCGCUCCUCAAUGCUGUAUGCUCAAUCACCGAUGUCUGCAUUGCAACAGCAGCAACAGGCCGCACUUCACAGCCAACUUGGGAUGAGCUCGGGUGCAAGCAGUGGGGGAUUUAAUGUGCUCCGUGGUGAAACCAGUGUCGGAGGAAACGGAGCGCUGAAUGCAGGAGUCUUCCCUGAUUUCGGUCACAAUGCUGGUGCAGGAAAACAAGACAUGGGCAAUGCAGUGUCGACUGAUAGCCGUGGUGGCAACUCCACCGGGCAAAAUGGGGACGGCACAGAACCUCUAUAUCUGAAGAGCUCCGAAGAAGAAGGGAACUAGUUUUGGUGACGUUGCUCUAAGUAAAUCAAGAAGGUUUUGGUUUGAAAUCAGUUUUACAUUGAUGUUGGUAGGGGUGACUUUGUGAAGGGACUGAUGUGCUGGUUUCUUUUGUAGUAGGGUCUAUAGACUUUAUCAAAAUGGUUCUUGUGCCAGACUGAAACAUUAGCAUUUGUAAAUUUUUGUAGGUUUGAGUGGGGCAUGUUUGUAAUCUCUUAUGGAUAGUUAACUUUCAUCAUCAGUAGAGUGUUUGCUGAUCAAAUUUCCUUGUGCU